AUGACGUCAACAACUGCUACGUAUCUCGUGCAAAUUGCUUCUGUUCCGGGUCAUCAAGUUGGUCAACGAGCAUUUGAACAAAGUCGAUAUUUACAUGAUUUACUUAUUAAUACAUUAAUUAAUGAUGAUAAUAAUGAAUGUAAUAAACAACAAAUAAAAGCAUUAACAAAAUUAAUUCCAGAUCAUGAAAUUGUUCUUCGAUCAGGUUUUUCACAGACUGCUCAAUGGGGUUUAGAACCAAAUAUGUUUGUUGAAAUUCAUGGUAAUGAAAAACAAGCACGUAUCAUUAGUGCUCUUUUUGGUUAUGCAUUUUGUCAAGAUGGAAUAGGUAUUGGUGGUGAAGUUGAAGGACAAAAUCAUUCUGUAUUAAUUAUAAAUAAUGAUUGGAAAAAUGAAAAAGAACGAGUUAAUCUUGUUUCGAUUAUUUUACAGAAAUAUCCGAAUCUUUCAGCUCAACUUGAUAUAAAUGGUCAACUUGCAUUUCAUGAUUAUCCAAUGUCAUCAUCAUCAUCGGCAUUUACUGAUAUCAUUUCAUUAAUCAAAAGUUUAAAUGAUAAUUGUUCGAUUGAAGAAAAGCAAAUGAAAAGUGAACUUGUUGAUCGAACUGAAUAUGAUAAUUUAUUGAUGUUACUUGAAUCAUCAAAUGCACGUCGAGCUCUUAAUAUUUUAAAACACGCACAUGCUCGAUUUUUUUCUGGUUAUGCAUGUGGUUCAUUAACAUUACCUACAUUCUCAAUACGACGACGACGACAAAAUCGUCGCGAACAGAAUAGAGAUAAACUUGAUAAAUAUAAUCGUCAUUCAAUAUCUCCGCCUCAUCUUUGUUCAUUAAUAUUAACAGCACGUCGACCAUAUGGUGAAAAUGCUAAUCACCAAUGUUCUGCAGCACCUGAUCUUCCUUUACUUAUGGCAAUUGGUGGUAUAUUUGCACUCUUUUUUUUAGGUAUUGCUUAUCGAUUUCUUAAAAUGCUUACUUCAGUAAACAAUCAACAAAGUGCUAAGAAUGGAAUAAUGCGAAAGCUUCUUGUUGGUUUUGUUAGUUUUAUAUUUGGUGUGAUUACAUUUAUCUUUUUUAUUCUUAUUCAAAUACGUGUUUAUCAAGCUUAUUCAAAUAAUAUUCAAUAUGAUACUCAAUCAACAUCAAAUUUUUGUUAUUCAACGAUAAUGCGCGGUGCUUUAGUUUUAAUUGUACUAACUUAUAUUAGUAUUUUUCUAUUUACUGGUAUUUGUAUACUUGCUUUCAUUAAUGCACAUAGGAUACGUCAAGAAAAAUGUGAUAAACAGUUCGAAAUGAAAACUAUACCUGAAAAUACGAGAUUUUGA